AUGGAGCGAACAGCAUACAGUGCGCAUCGACUUCGUGGUCCUUCAUCCUAAUGGUUUUCUUUACUCUUUUCGAUAGCAGACUUCGAGCUCAGAGGAAGGCAGAAGCAGCUGAGAACUCCAGACUCGAAUAUGAGCGAACUUGUCAAUUGCUCGGUGUAGAAGCCACCUUCCCCGGUGACCUUGAUCCUGAUGAGACGUGGUGGAGGGAUCACUUUCUAUGGCUAAAGGAUAUUGGAUAUCAACUACGUCCACGCCAUGCUCCAGACUGGGUUCCUUCAUGGCAAGGCACAGAUAAAUAUUGGGGUUUGUGUGAGGAUAGUUGGCAGAUGCCUGCCACGCAAGUUGCCAGUGCAACGCGAACGUCUGACGGGGCCCAUGUCAUUUUGAAACGGAUUCAGCCAUCGAUUCAUCCACAUGAGAUUGAAGUGGGUAAGUUUCUUGCAUCCGAACCUCUCAAGCGGCAGCGCGAAAAUCAUUGCGUGGAGAUGCUCGAUGUAUUACAAGUACCAAAUGAAGCGGACGAAACUAUCUUGGUAUUUCCCCUGCUUCGCCCCUUCGAUGAUCCUCCAUUCGAAACAAUCGGUGAAAUCAUCGACUUUGCUCUUCAAGUUUUUGAGGGCUUACAAUUCAUGCAUAAGCACCACGUAGCUCAUCGUGACUGCAUGAAUUUGAACAUCAUGAUGGAUCCCAGGGCAGAUGUAUCCACAUCCAAUUCACCCAUGCAGGCCCCUUCAGACGUUUGGAUUCAAAAGGACGGGUGCAAGCAUCGUCCACGCACAGAAUGCCCUCCGCGAUAUCUUUUUAUUGACUUUGGAAUCUCUCGACGCUACCAAGCUUCGCAGGUCGCUCCUUUAGAACUCCCGAUUUGGGGAGGGUACAAAGGCGUUCCGGAGUUUCAGACGUCUAACGAACCCCGUAACCCGUUUCCGACGGAUGUGUGGUAUCUGGGCUUCGCUCUACAGCAACAGCUUCUCAACGUCUAUCGUGGCCUGGGUUUCAUGGAACCGUUGGUGUCGGAUAUGCUGCAAACCGAUCCUACGAAGCGGCCAACCAUGGAUGAGGUUAUGUCUCGCUUCGUACCGACAUACAGCGCAUUGAGCCCGUGGAAAUUACGCUCCAGGGCAGUCCUGAAGGAGGAAUGGAUCAUCAUGCGACCUUUCCGUGAUUUCUUUCAUUGGCUGCGCUGUCUUAAGUUUUUAUGGCGACGUCUCCCUGCUAUACCAUCACUCGCUGUGUAAAUUCAGUCGUACAUAUUCAUACUUUCGCUUCUCUGCAAAC